AAUAUAUUUCUAUGGUACAGGAGAAGUCUGUAGAAAGUAUCAAUGGAAGAAUAUGUAUUUUGGAAUUUGGAGCUACCGUACGUACCAUACGUCAUGCAUGUUGCAGCUGAGGUCUUCGCCGAUGAAUGUGGAUCGCCAACGCGAAUUACCAAUCUUUUGACUGAUAUUACAACGAACAAUGGCUAACCCCAGCCAGGCAGACAUGAUCGCGCAACAGUUUGUGCACCAUUACUACCAAAAAUUUGAUACAGAUAGAUCUCAACUUCAGUCUUUAUAUACUCCUGCAAGCGUAAUGUGUUUUGAAGGAAGCGUGUGCCAAGGAGAUGAACAAAUAGGCAAAAAGCUGGUAUCUUUGCCAUUUCAGAAGGUGGCCCAUGUGGUAACUGUAAUGGAUAGUCUAUUGAUUGAAGAGUCCAAACUUCUUAUUUCUGUCAUUGGACAAUUAAAGACGGAUGAAGAUCCUCCACAUGGCUUUGCCCAGACUUUCAUAUUAGCACCAGUUGGGGACAACCUCAUGGUUUUUCAUGAUAUAUUCAGACUACUUGUCCAUAAUAUGUGAAAGAUAUGCUGUCCAACUGUGUACAUUUAUGUUUUUGUAGGCUUUAUUAUCAUUUGAGUUUUCCUUCUUUUCAUCUUAAAGAACAUAUGGUUGACUACAUUUUUUUUCAUUUAAAAGUAAAACUAGCUGUGUAAGAAGAGCCUAUUCAUAUAUGUAUAAACAACGAUACUAUAUUAAAGGUACAUAACUGCCGUGACUGCUUUUUGUUAUUGAGGGUUCAGAUUUUAUAAGGCUAGUGGGGUCAUGGGGGGGUGGAUGUUCUCAAGUUUAGAAGAAAAAAGGUAGAUUUACAAUUGUCAACCAACCGCCAGAUAUCAUAUUUCCUUUCUAAAACUAAAACAUGCAUUGGGUGUUUCCAACAACAAUGUGAGAUGUGAUCUUUCUCUGAUUUCACACUUUGAAAGUUCUAUGUGACUUUUAAUUGGACUGGACUUCCAUUGGUAUUGAAGGCUAUAAAGCUGCUGCACUUGUAAAUAACAUACAUGUACAAUCUAUCUAAACCAUCAAAUGUAUGAUUUUAUGGGGGAAGGGAGAUUUUUAAGGGGUAUGUUUAACUUAAUGGGGCAUGCUAAAAACAUCUGUGGGAUCUCUUUAUUUUUUAAAAUUUUGUUUGAUGAAUAUGAAUUUCUUGUUCUUCCCAAAGUACAUGAUUUUGUAUUAGUUUUUUUUUGUAUCUAUGUUAAAUCCUUUGUCUGAUGUAGUAUGCAUCGAUCUUUGAAGCUUGAUAAUAUUGGAAAAAAAGUUAGUUUUUGUAUUUUCCGAUGAGGAUUGAUUUACAGGUUUAAAAAAAACCAGUUCUGGAUUUAUAAUUCAUACCUUGGGGCUUACAAUAUUUGUAUUUGAAUUGUGCUACUUUCAAUAUUUCUCACAUUUUUGAAUUCUUACUAGAACAUGUAACAUUUCAUUUAUUCAGAUUGAGUAAUGACAUGUAUGUAAUUAUAAUUGUUACACAUUAUUGACUCUUCGAAUACAGUAGAGAACAUGUACAUUGAUAUUUUAUCUGAGCAAAAUUAAUAUGAAUGCUGUGUUUCAUGGCUUUUUGUAAUUAAUCAAUUUUUCUUACUCGAACCCCCCCCCCUCCCAAUUUUACUUGUACAUGCAGAUGUCACAAGUUCUCUAUUAAUCUUUCCCAAAGAGUUAGUUUAUCCAUUAGCUAAAAUUGUAAUUUGCAGAAUAGUUAAUAUGGGGAGGGUGAAAUAUGAAUCUCAUUUGAUAAUUGUAAAGCUGUUUUUUAAAUUCAAAUAUAUUAAUAUGUCACAAGCAUGAGUUCUUAGACAGAUAUUAGCUUUGAAAUAAAAAGGAAUCUUUGAAAAAAAAGAAGAAUAUCAUGAUUUCCCUUAACAAAACUGCUCUCAAAAUAAAAUGCCUUCAUAUUUGAAAUAACAAAACAGCUCAAAACUUGGCAGAAUUUUCACAGAUGAUGUGUCUGGAAUUCCAUGUAUAUUCUUGUUUCCACAAGAAACUGUGUUAGUGAGUUUUGUGAAAUGGAUACCUACUGAUGUUUAUAUCUUUGUUUUUGAAAUUGUGAUAUGUUUCCUAAUCACAUGAUUUGCUGAAAUCAUGUGACCAGUCAUUUAUUUUAGGCUCACAAAAAAAGCUGCUAUUGAUGGGUACCAAUGACUCGUUUCAUUGACCGGUCAUGGUUUUGAGAUGUGGAUGUUUUAUCAAAUAACAAGGAUCCACAUCAUAUUCUUAUAAAACAAAUAAUCACAUCAAUUUGCCUGGGCAUUAGUAUAAUUAUACACACUUGCUACCUUUGAAACCAUCUACACGCCCUCGGCCUCUGGCAUGUUAGAACUGUUCCCAAUGCAUUUCUUACUAAUACCCUUAACGCCCUAUAACAUCGUUUCGUGCAAGCCUUGCGGGUAAGCUGCAGGGAGUUGCCCGCAUUGACAGUAUCACGCACGUGUCUCACACGCAGACAAAUUUUGGACAUGCUCAAAACAUUUUUGCGGGUGAGUUGCGGGCAAUCACCCGCAAGGCUUGCACGGAACGAUGUGACGAUGCCUUUAUCGAUGAGUAUCAUUUGUACAUUAUUGACCCUUGUCAGAAAGGGUGUAUUUAUAUGAUGAAGUGUUGAGAUGAUUCUUGUAUUAUUAGUAAAAGAGGAACACAGAUAUUCUAAAAAAAAUCCUUUUAUACAUAUUCAGUCCGUCACCAUAUCCAUUCAACAUCAUGCUAUCAUAUGGAUCAUAUGACAGUAUAAUGUUGAAUGGAUUUUGAUACGAAGAGAAAAAAAAUAGCAUACUUCAUGUAUGCAUAUGUACUGUAUAUGAAUACAUAUUACCAUACUUUUCAGGGUCAUUUAAGUGGAUACCUUGUUAAACUUGUUACAAGCCGGACAAAGUUGCCAAGUUGGCCCCACCUUAUAUCUCAAAGAGCUUAUUGAAUAGUAGGAAUGAAGAAUAUAAUGCUAUGGGCUUUCUGUAAACAAAGUGUCAUUUCAAUUCACACCAAAUGUCAUUAUGCAGUUGGAACCUUAGAACAGGACCAGUCUUUAAUUUCGUAUGCAACCCCCCCCCCCCCCCUUGACCAGAAUGUAAUACCUGCAAGUGUGUACAUACCUGCUAAAUCAAUGUCCCAAGAAAACAAUCCAAAUGAAGCAUACACCAUAAUUGUGUAAUAUUGUGUAAACUCAUUGAUUGUUGUGGUUUAAAUUAUACUUAUGUUAACAACAUGUGAUAAGAAUGUUAUUGGCAGAGUAAACUAAAUCCCUCAAAAGGCUUUAUGAUAUUCAAUGUAUACUGGCUAUUAUCUUAAGUUUUGAGUUUAUUUGCACCGACAGGUAGGCAAGUUUUAUUAUACUAACUAUAUCAAUGAUUGUGCCCUACUUGCGUUUUCACCACUUUUUGUAAUAAAACUUAAAACAAAUACUGUUUAAGAAAAAGGAAA